UUUUGGGAGUCAAAACACCCAGCAAAUAGUAGCGCACACCUCCACGCUUCUCCGUGGCCUUACUAUGGUUCACACAUGUGUGGUGGCAGGCUGUAGGAACAGAAGGACACCGGGCACCACGUUAUCUUUCUACCGGUUUCCCCGGGACCCCGAGAGGAAGCAGCGCUGGAUAGCUGCUGUGAACCGAGAGGGCUGGGUGCCUAACGACGGCAGUCGGCUGUGUAGUACUCACUUCAUCUCAGGUAAACAGGUGAAGAAUCCCCGUUCACCAGAUUAUGUUCCUUCUGUGUUCACAUCAGUUCCCUUAUCCCCAGAGAUGAAGGAGCCGGGUGCCUUGGAGGUGCUGGACAAGCAGGAAGCUCGUGUAGAGGCGGCAAACGCUUUGUUGUUCCUGCAGGGUCAGGGCAGCUCUGUGUCAGGAGAGCAGGGCCAGGACAAGCAUCCUGAAGAGAGGGAGCAACAGAGCCAUGUGGAGGAGAGUGCUUCCUCUUCUAUCAGCACAGAUGAAGACGAUGAGGAUUAUGAUGAGUCUAUGAGUGACAGCAAGAAAGGAAAGUUUGCUCAGACGUCUGAUGCACAAGGGAACUUUGACGACCUCCUGAAAGCCCUGAAGAAGGAGAACCAGGCCCUCAGGGAGUCUGUGGAGAGAAUGUCGCUCUCUGAGAGCUCUUUAAGGAACGAUGCAGAGAAAGUGAAGUUUUACACCGGUCUACCAAACUUCUUUGUCCUAGAGACAGUCAUGUGGCUGCUGGCUCCUCAUAUGGAUGGGAUGAAGAACAUGAAGCUCUCCAAGUUCCAGCAGCUGCUGCUUACCCUGAUGCGACUCCGCCUGGACCUUCGCAACCAAGACCUGGCCUAUCGCUUCGGUAUUAAAGUCAGCAUGGUAACCAGAACUGUUCACCAGAUGGUGAACAUCAUGUCCUCCACUUUGGUGCCGACGGCCGUCUUUUGGCCCUCCAGAGCUGAGCUCAGGAAGAACCUCCCUGCGGCUCUCUGUGCCUCUCACCCCGACUGCGCUGUCAUCAUAGACUGUUUCACGGUACCCUUUGAGGAGCCAGUUUCCCGGGGAAACCAGCAGCAACUACAGCAUGGGAUGGGGAUGAGCUAUAAUGUGUUAAAGUAUCUAAUUGGUGUGGCUCCUCAAGGCGUUGUCACCUUCGUCUCCAGGGGCGUUCUGGGAAACGUCAGUGAUAAAGGCCUGGCUGAAGGCUGUGGCUUCUUGUGCAAGCUUCUUCCAGGAGAUGUUGUGCUGGCAAACCGUGAUCUUGACAUUGCAGAUUCUGUUGCCGCCAGGGGAGCAAUAUUUAAAAUUGCCAGGAGCUACGGGAGCUCAGAGGGCUCAACCCUCACUGAUUCUUCCUCUGGGACGCUGAGUGUGCAGAGGCACGUGGAGAGGGUGAUCUCCAUUGUGAAGCAGAGGUACGCCAUGCUCACAGGCCCCGUCGAGAGCCCCUUCACCACGACCUCUGAGCGCACGUCAAACCUCUCAACCUUUGAUAAGAUUGUGCAAGUUGCCUGUGCCUUAAACAACCUGUGCAUCUCUGCUGCUCCGCUAGAGUGACUUAUUUAAAAAAUCUUAGUGCUGUCCGGGCACUGAGUUCCCUAUACUGCUUUGGACCUUAACUCAUGUUCUCACACUUCAUCUUCCUUACUACAGAAAUGAACGACAUACUUAUCUGCUCUUAUUUUCACUCUCAGUGUAUGUGACUUCCUGUUAUGUUGGCUGGUCUGAUAUGAGAUAUGAUGUCCUUACAUUAUGCAACGCAACUGAGAGAGAAUGACAGGCUUGCAGAAGGUGUUAUUUUUAUUGAAGUGUGGAACAACAACAGUGUGGAAAAUGUGCCCUUUAAAUGCAUUUUUGAUUCCCCUUGACAGAGGUAUAUAAAGUGCCGUUUGUAUCAUGAAGGUCAGAAGGGACAACACUUUUAAAAAGAGUGGGAUACACAUUGCCACAUCUCCAAUCUCAGAACCCAUCAGCUAGUGUGGUAGUAUCUUGAGGCCACUUUUUGAAGGUCUCGUUUCGGAAUCAAAAGCAUUUUUACACUGUCUUAUCUCGGUCUCGGACUGGGUGGACUCCAGAUUUUAAAUCAAGACCACCACUGAUUGGCUAUUCUUCAACGCCAUUACUGUGAUUGGAAGGAAAACACCCCAAACUAAGUGGAUGAUUUUUCAUUGAUAUUUAUUGUCUUGGUCUUGCCUCGGUCUCGCCCUGCCUUGGUCUCGGUCUCGGUCUU